GGAACCGUGCAGAGCGCGAGCGAGCUGAUGUGGUGCAGCAGGCGCUCUCCGCUCGUAGUCGGUGAGCAACCUGCAACCCGGCGCCUUCUAACAUCAGUUGGGGCACCGUCGACGGACGUCGUCGCGACGCUCAACGGAAGAAUAAUCCCGAGGACUUGGACUUCCAGUAGAAAUUUUAGAACCGAGACGAGGAAAACGACGACGACGACGACGACGACGACGUCGGCGAGGACGAAGACGUAUAGCCGCAACAUUCGCGUUACCCUCGCGUUUUCACCGUCGCCAUCGUCAUCGCCGACUUUGCUUCCAGGACUAUACGAGGAGGACGAGCGGAAUUGGGAGAAUAUCCGCGCGCGUUCCGCGAAGAUUCCGCUCUGCGAUCCCCCCGCGCGGAGAGUGAGGCCGGACAGUCAUAGGGGUUGUGCACGUGCGGCACAACCGCGUAAUCGGGAGGCUGCACAGUAUUCGUUGGGGCGUUAAAAUGAUCUGCACGCGAUCGGCCUGCACCGUCCGAAGAGGCAACAGCGACUAUUAGCGAUCGGAUUCGAUUGAUUCUGAAGAUAAUAGACAUUUGAUAGUGAUAAAAUUACACGACGUAGAGAAUUACAUGUACAUAUAUUUUUUAUUCUGACUUUUCGAAUUGCGGCGAGGUGCGGGGAAUGACGUGUAGCAUCGUGAAUGGAAUUUACAAGCAAAACUGUCAGGACUGUGUCGGACAAUUGCGUCCGAGUUCCGCGUUGUUAUAAUUAUUCGCACUGCGACUCGUGCGCGGAUAUGCAGAUUUUAUAAAUUAUCGAAAACGAGAAGAGUUUAUUACCCCACUGGACGAAAGUGCUCCGAUACUUUUUGUAAAAUAGUAUGGUUGGCGUAUACUAAGCUUUGAAAUACCAUGUAUAUGCAAUUGACAUUCGCGAUAGUCGUAUAAGUGUAAAAAGUAUUCCAUUAUCUGUGACCAAAAAUUGGCAACGCGACCAAUUAUUCAAGUGCUCAACUGUGAUAUUUCAAGUGAUAUAAAUAAUAGUGAAUGUUAUACCUCGUGGACCCCGUCUCUUUAACGAUACUAAAUGUCCACAAAUUGGUUGAACGUUGUCCUGGCUCUACUGCUGGCUGUGGCAUUGGCAGUACCGCAUUUAUCUCGCGCUCAAUCCGACAUAUUCCGUUUCGGCGAGAAAAGACAGUCACAGAAUACCCAGAAUAAGUACUGCGGCAAGAAUCUAUCCAAUGCUCUCCAGCUGCUCUGCAACGGGGUCUACGCCCAGAUGUUCAAAAAGGGUGGGCAAGAAAUGGAGAUGGACGACUACCCUUACGGAUACGACGACUCGUACCCUUUCAGAACGAGGGCCAGUGCGAACGCGAUGAUGGGACGUUUCGGGGGUGGACGUUUCCGACGACAAUCUCGCGGCGUCCACGACGAGUGCUGCGUAAAACCAUGCUCGGUCAGUGAGCUUACGAGCUACUGCGGCCGUUAAUGCACACCAGAUCCAUCGAAGCGCGGCACAUGACACACGGCACAUGGCACAUUGAGCGAAUGACGUGCCGCAUACACCGUAUACACGCAUAAAAGACACACGCGCGCCCACCCCUGUUUCGAUUAUCAUCAUUAUAUAAAAAAAAUAAAGGAAAAAUCACUAAAUA